GACAAGUCGAUUAUUACAACAAGAGGAAUGAGGGCCCUGCUCGCAAGAGCUUACAAUCUAUGAGGGAAUAGGGGUGACAGAAAAGGUAGAUUACAUUUAUCCCCCCCAUACUACUGCAGGAUAUUUGUGUGAUAUGACAUCUUGCAGCUCUGUGCAGAGAACACAGUCUUGUACGUUGUGACUUCUUCUUCCUCAGCAGAAGACGAAGCUCUGUGCUCGGUUGUAGCUCCGAGAAGCUUUUCACUUCCUGUCCUGCUGACUCAGGAAGCAAAAUAUAUCAGCGUGGAAACUGAAAGCAGAUCCAGGAAGCUUUCAGCAGAGCCGAGGCCUGAGCCGGGAAAAUCCUCAUUGUUCUGUACAGGAGGGGGAUCAGCUCUGCUGCCUGGAGACAAGUGGCCGAUCAGGAAAGGUGAGCUGGGGCAAAGAGCGUAUGUGGGUCUGACAAGGUCUGCAGAAGACACUGCCUUGCAAGGAGUGCAAGGGAUAAAAUAAAGUGCAAAGUGCAAGGAAAAUACAACCUAGAUUGAUCCACAGAGAGAGAGCACAGGCGAAUUAGAGCAUAUCAAUAUUUCAAGAGAGACCAAUACGGCAACCCAUGAACUGACCGCUUGACGGGUACCACCAUGGCCAGUGCAGCAGAAGAAACUUCACAGCUCCCUUACGAUGGCACGUGUGAUGCUUGCGAGCCCGACGAGGCCAAGGAUGCGGUUGCCAUCUGCGACGAUUGUCAUUUCUCUUACUGUGAUUUGCACGCUUGUGAACACAAGCAGAAAUACGCCGCUCACAGGGUCAGAGACGUCUCAGACCCAUCUCCGGAGGAAGAAGAGAACACCCCCGUGGAGGAACCGCAAACUAAUACAAAACAGAGUGGUGUGACGGAGAUGAAGACCUGUCCCACACACAAGCAGGAGCUGAGCCUGUACUGCAAGGACGACUCUAAGAUUAUCUGCGUUUUAUGCGCAGUGGCCGGAGACCACCGCCAACAUGAGCUCGUCACCCUCAAUGAGGCCUACCAGGAAAUGAAGAAAAGAAAACCUGUCGACCUGAAGCUCGCCAUGGGCGACAUGAUAGAGAAGUUAAAGGAGAAAUGUGCCAACUCCAAAAUCACACGAGCUGAGCUGAAGAUUUUUAUACAGAAAGAAUUCGAUUACAUGAAGAAAUUGGUGCAUGAAGAGGAGAAAAAAGCCUUGCACUUUGUGGACCUUAAGGAAGCUGUGGCCUCUGCUCACGUGACUGAGGCCCUAGCUGAACUCAAUGUCCACAUGUCCAAGCUAAUGGCUGAAAUGGCAGAGAUCACCCAACAACUCAACAGCUUUAACCAACUGGUAAUGCAAAAACCUGAGAAUUCAGAAGAAGAUGAAAGGGAUGAAGAGACGGCUCCUGACUCAGCAACUGAAGGAUGCUCUAAUGCAAGAUUUCACAGCCCCCCUCCAGGCAAUGGACCAUGGUGAAGAUGGGGGGGGCUACAAAAUGCAGCGGACACAUCAGGAGGAAAUGGAGUCUCUUCUUGGACAACUUCACAUGAAUCAACCUCUCUGCUCCAGAAGAUUCGACCUCCCUACCAUGGACUCUUUAUGACUGUGUAUAAUUCAAGUAGGCCUAUGAAAGACCCAGUUGUGAAAUACCGUGGGUAUAAAACUGUGAAUUCUUAAGGGCUGGAAUGACUAUUUGACAUUUUUUUGGUAUAUAUAUUUUUUUCAUUGCUAUUAAAAUAAAAAGUUAGCAUUUUUUCCUGAAACAGCUCCACCCUUGUCCACAGGCUAUGCCUGGUAUUGCAGUGAAUGGAACUGAGCUACAAUACCAGACAUGGCCUAUGGAUGAGAAUGGUGCCGUUGUAUCAAAGAAAUGUUUUUCUAAUCUCAGAAGACCCCAUAAAACGCUGUGUAAUCUGCAGGCGGCAGGUUAUAGAGCAGGAGGAGCUGAGCAGAUUGAUAUACAGUCUUAUAGGAAAAGAUUCAGUCGGACUUCUAAAAUCGUUAUUUAAAUCUGAGUUUAGGAGUCAUGUGGGAGGGACUUAUUCAGUGAUUGACAGCUUACCCUGUAUGACUGCAUACAAAGAUGGCUGUCAGUCACUGGUUAGGGCCGCCCACAUGACUCCUAAGCUCAGAUUUAAGUGGACAACUUAAAAGGGUUGUCUCAUCUUAGACAUUGGUGGCAUAUCGCUAGGAUAUGUCACCGAUGUCAGAUAGGAGCGGUCUCACCUCUGGGACCUCCACCUAUCUCCAGAACAGUCCCCCAAAAGUGCGGGGGGGCAGUCUGCACAAGUGCGCAGUGCUUUCCAUUCACUUUCUGGCCACUACAUGGUAAAUGGCGCUGUUCUAGUUCUGAUGUGUCAUGGUCAGGAGUGCACCUAGCCUUUCUGCUGCCCGAUGCGAAAAUUGAAAUGGCGCCCCCUUCAGGCCCUACUGUUAAAAGCAUACUGUGAUACAGUUGACUAUAGAGAGAUGAGCACUUCCACAAUGGAAGCACUCAUUUCCCAUGGCCCUGCUGCUGCCCCCGCUUGUCUCCAGGCAGUCGCCUCACCUGGCCUCAUUGGAGGUGCACCCCUGGUCACGGUUCCUUCUAUCAACUGAUUGGGGGGAGGGGGUGUCAGAAGUCAGAACCCCAAUGAUCUGAUAUUGAUGACCUGUCCUAAGGAUAGGUCAUCAACACUUGAAAAACCCCUUUAACAGUAGCCAUAAAUUGGAAAGCCCCUUUAAGAAAAUGAAUAGACCAUUCAUAAGUUUCAUAGAAGAGGAAGACUGAGGAAUUAUUGGGGAUUUUUUUUUUCUUUAAUUAAGACAAUGGCAUGUGUGCAUUUUAAUAUGAUAAAAAAUUAACCCUGUCUUGUCCACAUUGUAAGAAUCAACGUUUUCCAGGACUAAGUCCGACCAUUUUUUCUUACUUUUAUGAAUGUGUGUCCCAUAUGUAUGCUCAUACAUUGUAAGUAGCCCUUUCUAUCUCUCCGUGACUCCGAGGCUAUUAGCACUUUACUAGCCGGCGCUUAUUCUGCGUGCACGUAAUAUCACACCUAUUAUCAAUGUGCUCGCUGAGUGACGCCUGCAGAUGGCUGGUGUCAGGCAGGACUAUGGAGACUGAAGGCAGUUUCCUGCUCAUGUCCUCAGUCAGAAUUAUAAUCAUAUACGUUGGCGUGAAACUUCAAUAGCCGACACUUGUUAGCGAGCGGAUUCAGGGGAUUUGAGAUACAGGAGAUUACUGUAGAGAUCCAACGUGAUGUAGCCAAAGCUCAGGGCUGGGAUCACACGUGCAGUUUUUGAUGCAGUUUUUUGGGUGUUUUUUAUUUUUUUGCACAAAGCCAGAAGUGGAUUCAAAAGGAAUGAUGAAUAUAAAAAAAUUCUUAUACUUCUCCUUUCCAGUGCGUCCAGUUGUGGCUUUAGCUCAAACACUGCAUACGCAUUUAAAACUUAAAGAGGUGUCUAGUAAUGAAUUCCGAGUCAUCUGUUCAGGACCUUCAUCUCUUGGCCAAAGAGUGUCUCUCGCUCUGGAGGACCUGUCCUGCGUUACACAGACAACCCAUGGAAAUGAGUGGCCAUCAUGUAAUACUUCAUUUCCCCUGUGGUGGUGCUGAAGGAAAAUUGAACACUUACCGAUUUUUCAAAAGAUUACAGUUGAUUUUUGGGAGUCCCAGCAGGGGGACACAUUGUUAUCAUCUCAUUAUUAAGAGACCCUUCCAACAUGUAAGGAUUUUAUUAAAGCAGAGAACCCCUUUAAAGAUAAGAUAGUCCCAUAAAUAUCUGAUAAGUUGGGAGUACCACCUCUGGAAAUUUCAGGCGCAUUAGGGCACCCUGACGUGUGCCAAAUGAAGUUUGGUGGAGGCCACAUAUCAUAAAAACUUAAGGGGUCAUUUACUAAUCUGAAAUACGCCUAUUUCAGACGCAGGUGGCGACGCAACGGUUAGUUGCGUCACUAUUUGCGACUUUUCCCUAUUCACACCAGGUCUAAGAUUGUAGGUGCGGUGUGGGCCUAUCUUAAUAAAUGUGCCCCUUAGCGGGGGUUCACUCAUGUCUUUUAACUGGUAGGCAGCACUUGAGAGAAUUGGUAGGUGAAGGCCUCAAGGAAGUGGAGUCCCUUAGGCAACUGACUCUUUAGCCCACCCAGACAUGGUGGUCAACACAUCUUGGCAAUGCCUGAAAAGAGAGGUGGCUCACUCCAUUCAAAUCUACGGACAGGUGGGACCCCUACCCCAUCAGACAUUUAUGAUAUAUUCCGUGAAAUGUGUUUUAUAUCUUAUUGGUGGGAAAACACAUUUAAAGUGAUGCUAAAUGAAAUAAAACGGAGGCUUGGGUAAAAGGAGUAGAGUUGGGAUAGAGGAUACCAGUGAUGUUCGGUGCCACCCAACUAGGCCUCAGAUCUUUUUUUUUAUUUUUUACAGAUUUUUACAAGACUGUUUCAAGAAGGUUUGGGUUUCUUAUACAGUUUAUCUUACAUUCAUUCCCAGUUAGUAUCCCUUUAAAAUGCACAGCAUCUCCUGCUUGCAGUAGUAGUAGACACUCAUUUUCCCAUUAGUUUAUAUCACAAUAUAUUUUUAUACAUUCUGCACUAAUUUAUGAUAAUUAGCCUAGACUAAAAGUAAGGUGCGUGCAGCAGCCAAUCAGAUUCCAGUGUUUAUUUUUCUAGAGCCGGAUAACGAAUAGAAGCAGUGAUCUGAUUGGUUCCAUGUUUUGUCUGCACCAGCGUCCUAAAUGAGCCAUUAAGUCAAUAGUAAUGUUAGUAAAUGCUAUCAAUUGGUGAAGUUUUGGUUCAAAAUGUUUGCAUCCCCCGAUUUCUUACUUCUUAACAUCUCCUUUGCUGUUCGGCUAUGGGCCGUACAUUGCUCUGGACCAGGGGUAGGCAACCUCCGGCACUCCAGCUGUUGUGAAACUACAACUCCCAGCAUGCAUACUUGCUCUGCUCUUCUCAGAACUCCCAUAGAUACGAAUAGAGCAUGCUGGGAUUUGUAGUUUCACAACAGCUAGAGUGCCGGAGGUUGCUGAACCCUGCUCUGGACCGUCCCUUUCAUGAGCGGCCCUGGGAUUUGCAAUAGAAGCACUCCCCCUGGUGGACAGCGCAUAUUCACGAUAAUUGGUGAACUCGUACUAAUUUGCAUAGUUCUUUCCCAUGGACCAUUGCUUGAAAAAUAAGUCUCCAAACAUCUGCUGGGUCUCCUCAAUGAGAACCAGUAACCCCUUUCUGGACUAUACUGGUUGAGGGAGAGGUGUACAGUACUUCAUGUAACGUGGUGAAGCUCUUGGGAACAGUUACUGUACUUUGUACGUGUGCUGCUUGCAAAAAUAAAAUAAAAAAUGAAUUUUAUGUCAUUGCAGUAAUAAAACUGAAAUUGAAUAUUGA